AUAUGAUUGUGUUUGCCAUUGGGGGAAGGAAGGGGGGGAGUGGCUGGCGCUUUCGCAAGCCAGGAUGCUUUGCGACGCGCGCCCCAUAUCGAUGUCUCCCUUCGCUGGUUAUGACUCGCUAGCACUGGCAACCGCAUGCUCAUUGUUCCUCUCCUCUCAUAGCCCAUCACGAAUUGUCAGUCUUAGAUCUGGACGACAUGUCCUCUGUUGCUUCGUCUGUUGGAAGUGGCCGACCGACGGCACUUUCGGUAGAACGCGCUCAACGCGUUGGGAGGGACGAGCGCCAAGUGACGGCUGAAACGCGUCGCAGGGCGGUACCUGGAAACGGAGCGGGCGAGCAUGGAAGUGUGGAAAAGGCAUAUAAGUACACACCUGUAGAACCAUAGGCCCCAGUCGCUUGUGGCCUCACCAGCCUCUCACUCCUUUGCACCCAUGAGACGGGAAGGUGACAGCGGGGUAACACCCUUGCCGCACCAGGAUCUCCUAGAUCGUCACCAGGCAUACUAUUGCUACAAAAUGCACUUCACACUUGCCUAACUUCUUC